AAAAGCUCCACACAUCAGACUUGACAUUUUGUGCCGCUGCUCAUAUUUGUUUCUUCCUUAAAUGUAAUAUUUAACGCUACAAUAGGGCAUCUUUGUUCGAAUACUGAAAAAAAAAGAGAUUAAGAAAAGAUUAAGAAAUUAAGAAAGAGACGGAAAAGCAGCCUCACAUAUCUUAGAAAAACAUCACACUUUGUCCUUUCAGCUCAAGGCAGACUGGAAGAGAGAGGAAGGGAUUUUUUAGUUUUAAGGAGGAGUAGGCAGAACAGCGGGGUGGAAGCAAACAGAACAAGGGGAAGAGAGUUUGAAAAAGACAGUGGGAGGUAAAAAAAAAAAAGAAAAAAGACUGAGCUUAAAAAACGGUCUUUUGGUGGUUGCUUAUGAACAGAUAGUACCUUAAGUCAUGUCGGCUGCGUGUGUGUUUCUGGUGAUGUCUGGAGGGCAGACCAGCGGAGAGGCUGCUGGUGCCAGGCAGCGACGCAGGACCUGCUCGAACCCGGAGAGAGAAGAUCUGGAGGGACUUUCUUUAGCACCCGCUGCCCACAAACUCUCGCCCAUGUACCCUAAGGAAGAGCACAGCGCAGGAGGGAUCAGUUCCUCUGUCAACUAUCUUGAUGGAGCCUAUGAGUUCCCGAACUCCACACAGACCUACGGCACCUCGUCCCCAACCGAGCCUGCCUCGGUCGGAUUCUACCCGGCUCCCCCGGACCCCCACACGGCCCCUGCUGAAGAACAUCUGCAGACCUUAGACACCAGAUCCGGCAGCCCUCUUAUGUUCGCACCCUCCAGCCCUCAGUUGUCUCCGUACUUGAGCCAUCAUGGGGGACACCACUCGACCCACCAGGUGUCCUACUAUCUGGACACCCCUUCUAGCACUGUCUACAGGUCGAGUGUGGUGUGCUCUCAGCAGACAGGUAUUGGUUUGUGUGAGGAGCUGUGCAGCCCCACUGACAGACAGGAGCUGUACCCCGGAUCAAGAGCCGCAGGAGGGUUCGAUUCAGAGAAGGAGAUGCGCUUCUGUGCGGUGUGCAGUGACUAUGCGUCUGGCUAUCACUAUGGAGUCUGGUCCUGUGAGGGAUGCAAAGCUUUCUUCAAGAGAAGCAUUCAAGGUCACAAUGAUUAUGUUUGUCCAGCAACCAACCAGUGCACUAUUGACAGAAACCGCAGGAAGAGCUGCCAAGCAUGCAGACUACGCAAGUGUUAUGAAGUAGGCAUGAUGAAAGGAGGUAUUCGUAAGGACCGCGGAGGCCGCGCUAUCAGGUGUGAGAGGAGGAGGAGCGCUAAUGAAGACCGUGUCAAGAGCUACAGUGAGCAGUCGAGCCGCACCGGCCGGAAAACGGCUCCUCCGCAGGACAGGAGGAAGAAGAGCGGCGGCGGUGGGGUCAGCGCUUCAUGCAUGCCUCCUGACCAGGUGCUGAUGCUGCUUCUGGGGGCAGAGCCGCCGGCCGUCUGCUCGCGGCAGAAACACAGCCGCCCGUACACCGAGAUCACCAUGAUGUCCCUGCUCACAAACAUGGCUGACAAAGAGCUCGUUCACAUGAUCGCCUGGGCUAAGAAAGUACCAGGUUUCCAGGAUCUCUCUCUGCACGAUCAGGUUCAGCUGUUGGAAAGCUCUUGGCUGGAGGUGUUGAUGAUCGGCCUCAUAUGGAGGUCUAUUCAUUCGCCUGGAAAACUCAUCUUUGCUCAGGAUCUCAUCCUCGAUAGGAGUGAAGGAGAAUGUGUCGAGGGGAUGGCUGAGAUUUUUGACAUGCUCUUGGCGACUGUGGCACGCUUCCGUAGCCUCAACCUCAAGCUGGAGGAAUUUGUUUGCCUCAAAGCCAUCAUACUUCUCAAUUCUGGUGCAUUUUCAUUCUGCUCCAGUCCAGUGGAGCCCUUGAUGGACAGCUUCAUGGUACAGUGCAUGCUGGACAACAUCACUGAUGCCCUCAUUUACUGCAUUGGUAAAUCAGGUGCUUCUCUGCAGCUCCAGUCCCGCCGUCAGGCCCAGCUUCUGCUGCUGCUCUCACACAUCAGACACAUGAGCAACAAAGGAAUGGAGCACUUAUACCGCAUGAAAUGUAAGAAUCGAGUCCCGCUGUAUGACCUUUUGUUGGAGAUGCUAGACGCCCAGCGGUUCCAUUCUUCAGGAAAGGUGCAGAGACCGUGGCCACAGAGUGAGAAAGACCCCCCUUCUACACCAACAACCAGCAACAGCAGCCCCUCCAGAGGUCCUGGAGCCGUGCUGCCCAACACUGCCUGUCACGAGCAGAGUCCAGACCCCUGAGCUGUGUAUUAACCAACAACUGAAGAAUGUGAAGACUGUGAAGCAGUCAGUGCUGUCUAAUAGUCUCUCCUUGUGCCUUAUCAAAGUCCACUUUAGAUUCUGAAAACCAACCCAUUAAAACGUAAAAACGUAUCUUUAGAAAUGGAAAAGUUAGGUCUUCAAAUAAGAACAAGGCUCCCAAACAUUAUACAUCUGUGUUCACGUGAUUCAUUAGCUUAAAAAGACAUUUUGAAAAAGUGUCAUACUUUGGGGAAAAAAGGGCUCUUAGGCCUUUUCGGCAGACUGAGAGACAGAUUUAUGUAGAAGCUGCUAAUUCUUUUCUUCUUUUUAAAUAGCCAACGGAGUGACAGGUUUCACAUCAUAAACUUAUAUGAAGGGUUACUCCACCCCAAAAUUAGCAUUUUGUCAUUAAUCACUUACCCAAACCCAUAAAAGCUUUGUUCGUCUUCGGAACACAAUUGAGGAUAUUUUGGAAGACACUGUCAAAACGUGUCUUUCAUACUUUUUCUGGACCUUUUUUUAUCCUAAAAAAGGAUUUUUAUCCUAAAUAUCUUAAAUUGUGUUCUAAGAUGAACAAAGCUUUUACAAGUUUGGAAUGGCAUGGGGGUAAGUGAUUAAUCACUACAUUUUUAUUUUGGGGUGGAGUAACCCUUUAAGAUAAACAAACAAAAAAAUAAAGUAAAAAAAAAAAAGCAGGUGGCUCGUGAACUAUAUCAUGAACUAGCAUUUCUCCAUGUACACGGUUUAUCAAGCACUAUUACUGUAUUAAAAUCAGACGAGGUUAGAAUCAAUAUUCCACUGAAGAACCCAAGAACUUUAUAUCUCUGCAUCCGUGUUACACAUUUUUGAUGUUACUGUUAUUAUUUGCAUUAUGGCAAUAAUAGUUAUGUAUAAUUACAAGCAGCGCUUAAUAUAAAGGAUCUGAAUUGAAACUGAAAACAAGAGUAAAGUUACUCUUGGAAAAACAAGACAAUUAAAAAAAUUAUGUGAUAUAUUUUCACAAUCAGAGAUAUGUUUAUCAAUAAAAGUCACUGCUCCCUUUUUAAUGUUAAAUAUAAGUAAUUUUAACUCAAAUUGAAGGGAACAGAGCAGCAGUUAGUGGUGACAUUAGUGCCAUAUUUUGUGCUUAUUGGUUGGUUAAAUUAACAGAAAUGUUACAUCAUAUUUUUGCUGUGCUGUAAUUGGUUGGCCAUGUCAAUUGACACGUAAAUGCUGAUUUCUAUAAGCAUUGUGAAGACUUGAAAUGAAUAACAGCCUAUAAUCACUGGUCUGGUAUUCAAUACAGGAAGUGACACUGACUGCCUUACUGCCCAUACCCAAACGUGUCAUAUUUUCCCUCAAAUCUGUGAAUGUGUCAACAUUUAGCAGCUAUUAUAUUUGAUACUUGAGUUUUAUCAUCUGUACAGUAUGUUUUCAUUUUGAAGGAACUAAAUGUGAAAAUGUUAAUUUUACUUAAUUAUAAAGGACAGAGUUAAAAAAACUAAAUCACUUUAAAAUGAAACUUUUAACUAAACAAUGGGAAGAUUAGAAGAAUUUAUAUAUAUAUAUUAAAUGAAAAGAUGUGUCUUUAUUGUCAGCAUUAGCAAACUGUACAUACAUAAAUAGGCAUAGACAUUGUAAUUAUAAUGGGUUUUUUUCCUCCACACUGUCAUUGUCAUAACACACAAAAUAAAGAUACAGUAAGUAUAUAACAGUAAUAAAAAGCACACGUCUCUCAUA